AUGAAGUCGAGGGCGGCAAGCCAGGCUGAUGAUGGCUCUGGACCGUCACGGGCGUCAACUUUUUUCGGUUUCAAAAACAAAUUGUCCCGUUCGUCCACCAAAUCAUCAAUCUCGAUAGAUCCCAAUUCUUCCCCAGGAAGCCACCACAACAGAAAUGCUAGCGUAUCAUCUUCGAUAUAUACGGCCGCUACAGGCCCAGGAUAUUCACCGAACAAAGAUAGUCAUUACCGCUAUUCGCCGUCGAGAUCGAGCUCCCAUCAGUACGACGGCCAGGACUUGACCAGAAUGGCAACCAAUACGAGCAUUCUUUCGGCCACUCCAUCAGUAUUCACGUUAGCAUCAGGACAGAAGGUCCGAACCAACAUUCCUGCGGGAUACACAAAAAGUCAUAAGCACUCAAUAUCUGCUGAUUUUAAGCUGGAAAGACCAUCAGACGAUACUGUGGUGGAGAGCAUGUUCGAAGAUCUGAUGCGCAAGAUUGACUACGAGAAGUUUCCAGUACACGUGAGACAACAGAUGUACGACUUUCCGCUCGACAAAAAGUGGGCCAUGGUGUAUCAGGAGCGUUUGAGUGAGUUCAAGAAGGAUGAGAGGCUCAGGUUGCAGAGUUUGAACCAGCGAAACAUACCUACUGAGAAGGUGAUCAGUACCGGCACUGUGCAAGCUCCGAAACAAAGCUCGGGAACAGUGCACACGCAAGAAUACUUUGUUAGACAGCUUAUUGGAAACACGAUUAUCCUGGAAGACCUGAACAACCUCUGGACCACGCUGAGAACUGAACCAAUUACAUGGCUUCGCGAGUUUCUGGAUUCCCAAGGUGGUGUUGCUCUCUGUAACGUUCUUUCCAGACUUCACAAAACUUCUCCGUUGCCUGGAGAUGAUCAAUCUGGAAAGAAACAGACUAUGUUCACAAAUCCUGCAGAGCACUAUGACUCGAUUAUCCGAAAAGAAUCGCUUCUCUUGAAGUGUAUUAAAACGCUGGUGAAUGUCAGACUAGGUGGAACUGCUUUAGUGCGCACUUCAAUCCUUUUCACGUCUGUGGGAGGAGCCCUAUUCUCUGGUAGUUUGGAUAAUCGCAAGAUAGCCGCUCAAAUUCUCACAUUUAUGGCUCAUUUCAAUCUUUUUGACUCUGAAAGGACCUAUGAGGGCUACGAUGCUGUACUCAGAAUGCUCACCCAAUCGACAGGUGAGAACUGUCAUGUUUCUUUUGUCAGACGGGUUCAUGGAGAGAAUAAGAUGUCACCAAUGCGGUCGGCCUUGGAAUCCGAAGAGGAGGUUUUCAAGAACUGGAGUGAGAGCACAACACGUUACGAGUCAUGGACGCGCUCCAUGUUGUUUGUGAUGCAAGGCAGAGGCAAGAUGGGCUCUGUCGUUGGAGCUUCUGAGGAAUACAAGAUCAUCGGUGCCAUUUCGGAGCAAAAUAUUGGUGAUUAUGCUGUUCAAUGUCUCAUGUUUUUGAACGCUGUUGUCUCCGAGAACAUAGAUGUGAAGCAGAGGAUUGAGCUCCGGAGACGGUUCAAAGUGUCAGGAAUGGAUCAUGUGUUCCAGUUCUUUUCUGAACUGAACCACAGUCUUGUUCACGAGCAUAUCGUGAGAUACGAGGAGCUGGAAGCCAUAGAUUACGCAGAACUGACCAAAGCAGAAUCUUUGGGUGGUGAGCAGAUUGAUCUUUCCGACCCAGUCUCACUGAUUCGCGCUAUGUGGGCAAAACUCAAAGGAACUCCUUCUGAAAAUGUCAUGCUUUCACUGAUGCAAAACUUGUUCUUGAGUCAAAGCGACAGUAUUCGGAACGGAGACGAGUCACAGGUGGGUCGGAACAUGAAGCUUAUUGAUAGCAUGGUGACAAGUAUAUCAAAGACUUCGGCUGUUUCGCAGGAUGACAAUACAGCCAUCAACAUUGCUGUGAAUAGACUGUUUGCUGGGUUUCAGAACGAAGAUACAGUUAAACGGGCUUUACAGGAGGCCAAGGAUUCGAAGAAGAAGGUUGAGGAAGCCAUCGCAGAAAGAGACGAGGCAAUCUUUGAGCUUAACAAGUCGUCAGGCGGUGUCGUGAACGAUUUGAAGAAGACUUUGCACGAAUACGAGCUCGUUGUUGCGAAGCAGAAGAGAACAACCGACCGACUUAUGGCUGAGGUUGAUGAACAAAAGCGCAAGAGGAUCUUAGAAAAACACAACCACGAAUUAGAGACGCGCGAACUUUUGAUAUAUCUACAAUCAAACGCUCCUCCAACCGAAUCUGGCUCUGCAUCUGUUGAAAGGAAAGUGGGAACUCUAGAUGGCAAUUCAGAUAUUGUCAAGAAGCUCCAGAACCAGCUUGUCAAGAACAAAGUUGAGUACCGAACAAUUGGAUCUACUGGGGUGGAGCCAAGCUCAAAGCUCCGUCGGUUGCGUGACCAAAUGGAAGAUAUAGGCAAGCAGGCUAGAGAUCUCGAAAUGGCCGAGUUUGCGGAUAGGCCAAUUUCUCCACCAGUUGAUCUCAGACCGGCUAGGCUCUCAGACAUUCAAGCUCUUGAAGACCUCCGCAAAAAGUUGGAAGGCCUGCAGCGCGAUUCAAACGAUAUCAUCAAAGUUCAGGGCGAUUUAGCCGACAAAGAGUAUACCGAAAGGCGCAAAUACGAGGCAGCUCAACGACUUCACGAACUUCAGUACAAACUCAAGGGUUUGAAUAUCGAUCUGAAUGAAAGAAUCGAGAACGAUGAUGGCCAUAAGGUGCUCGAUCCAAGGUUCCAAGAAAGACUUGAGUUCGAGCUUGGUGAGGUCGAGAAAUUGAACACUGCGUUGAAGUCAAAAUUGACAUUGAAGGCAAAUAACGAGAAUCUCGGUAGCGAUAUGGUUGAUAACUCCCUGUUGGAGUCUCUUGAGGCUAGAUAUGCCAAUGGAAAGGUCAGACAGGCUGUUCCAGAGACAGCGUCGUACGUUCCAGUGGAGCCACAAAGAGCUCCAGCAUUUUUGUCCGAACUGACUUCCAAGGUGGACAAAACUGCACCAAUUGGACAGAGUUCCGAGAGUAAUGAAGAUGAUCUUCCCUCAAAGGCUCCUCCAGCACCAAGUGCUCCUCCCGUCGCACCCCCUCCACCAGCUUUCCUGGCGAAGUCUUCAGAUGCCUCAUUGCCUCCUCCUCCUCCUCCUCCUCCACCACCACCACCGCCAAUGCCUCCAUCUUUUGGAGGAAAUUCGGCUUCUGGACCACCGCCUCCACCUCCUCCACCACCAGGAAUUUUUUCUGCUCCUCCUCCUCCUCCGCCUCCUCCAUUUCCAGCGUCCGCCAGAUCAAAAUCCGCAUCGCCAGACGUCUCCAUCAGCAACGGUUUGGACAGCUUGCCACGUCCAAAAAAGAAGCUCAAGCAGAUACACUGGGAGAAGAUUGAAAACAUCGAGUCGGGAGAUUCAUUUUGGAAAGGACUGGGUGGUGAAUCGACCUCUUCACUCCUGGCCCAGGCUGGUGUUUUUGACGAAAUUGAAGACCUUUUUGCUGCUAAAGAGGCAAAGAAAUUGGCACAGAAGAAGAAGGGAGCGGCCGAUAAAGUAUCGUUUCUUUCGCGUGAUCUUAGUCAGCAGUUCAGCAUCAACCUGCACGCAUUCUCCAACAUGUCUGAUGAAGACACAGUGCUGCUGAUUUUGAACUGUGGAAGGCAAGUCAUGGAGAACGCCACAGUCUUGGAGUUUUUUGCGAAACCGACUGUGAACGAGAUCCCUAACACUCUGGCUAAUAACCUUGAUCCCUACAGCACAGAUUGGACCGGCGAAACCAACAGAAAGCCAGAAAAAGACCCCAACGAACUAGCCAAAGCAGACAGAGUUUACCUGGAGCUGGUCUAUAACCUCCAGCAUUACUGGAAAUCACGGAUGCGGGCUUUGAAUGUGAUCGCUUCGUACGAAAGGGAGUAUGCUGAUUUGGUGAACAAACUCGUUGCCGUGGACAGCGGAUUGGAGUCGUUGAGAACAUCCGAUUCCCUUCGCCAGGUGUUUGAUAUCAUCUUGACUGUUGGUAACUAUAUGAACGACACUGCCAAACAGGCACAGGGCUUUAAGCUCAACACUCUCCAGCGUCUUGGUUUCUUGAAGGAUGACAAGAAUUCCAUGACGUUCUUACAUUACGUUGAGAAAAUCAUCCGCCAUUCCUACCCUGAAUUAUUGUCGUUCAUGGCUGAUCUUCAGCCGGUGGUAGCAGCUUCCAGAAUAGCUAUUGACCAGCUUGAGACAGACUGUCUCAGUCUUGUUUCUGCUAUCAAGAACGUGGAUGCUUCCAUAGACCAGGGGAAUCUGAGUGAUCCUUCAAAGUUUCACCCAGAGGACAAGGUUCUUUCCAAGGUAUUACAGCACAUGCCGGAAGCCCGCAGGAAGGCCGGACUUUUAGCGGUCCAGUGCAAGUCCACGAGUUCCGAGUUUGAGAAGGUGAUGUCAUAUUUCAAUGAGGAAACGGGUGACAAGUUUGGCAAAAAUGCAUUUUUCAGCAAGUUCUCCGACUUCUUGGCUGCUUUCAAGAAGGCUUCCCUAGAGAACGAGGCUCGCGAGAAAGAGCUAAGGGCUUAUGAACAGAGGAAAAAGGCUCUUGAAGCUCCAAAGAAAGCAGCAAACGCACUGAAGAGUGGUGAUGGCACCGAAGAUGAUGAUCAGGGUUUGAUGGACAACUUUCUUCAAAAGCUUCGUGAUUCUGGUCCCGUUCGUGGUGAAGCCUCUUCUGCAAGAAGAAGGGCAAUCACUCGGAAGAAACUCCAAGAUUCACGCAAACCUCUGGAUGAGUGGGGAAGCUCGAUAUCAUUGGCAGAGUCAACCACCGAACUCACCGAGCUUAAGUAUGAGAAAGACCCAUUUGUUACCCCUACAACUGAGAGUUUCGACACCUCUUUGGCUCCAGAUCUAGGCUCUCCAGUCACCGAAGACGAAGACGAUAUUGGUGCGAAGGCGAGAAGCCUUUUACUAGAACUGCGUGGAUCUCCUUCUCCCUCGACGAGCCAGGAAGUUGCUCGUGCUCAACGUCUACGUGAUCAACGCAGGUUAAGGAAGCUCCAGUCUGGAUCGUUAACCUCUAGCAAGUCAACGCUUUCGCUGGUUCCUGAAGUGCUUUCAGCUGAGAAUGGGACAAAUUCCAACACAACAGCUACAACGACGACAGAUCAACUCGAAACCGAUGAAGAAGAGUUUGUGGAUGCAAGAGAGCCACAAAACUGA